AUGGACUUGGAAAGUGAUAAAGUUAUUUGCAAACCAGGUGAUAUUGAAGAAACUGAAGGGUAUUGCAUGUUUGUAGCAAGGCUAGAAAAUAGUGAUGAAAAUUUGUUGAAUAAAGUGGUCCAUAAUGCAGAUGAAGCAUAUGCUUUAUAUAAUGAUUAUACAUUGCAAAUGGGUUUUAGUAUUCGAAAAGGAAAGCCUAGAUAUUGUAAUGGGACGAAGAACAUAAAGCGUGAAUUUCAAUGUUCUAAGGAGGGUUUUAAACUAGAUGAAGAUUUUUGUAAAGAGAAAUAUUCGAAGAGACUAGAGACUAGAACUGGUUGUAAAGCAUUUGUUCAUUUCACAGUUGAAAAUGGCGUUUGGAGAGUUAGUGCAUUUAAUCUAGAGCAUAAUCAUGAACUUGCACUACAAUCAGAGAGGCAUUUGUUAAGAUCUGUUCGUCGUAUUUCAAAAUCUAAGGCAGAUGUAAUUGAUACCAUGGUGAAUGCAGGUAUAAGUACAAAGAAUGCUUAUUCAUAUCUAACAAAAGAAGUUGGAGGAAGUGAAAAUGUGGGCUUUACCGAAAGAAAUUGUUAUAAUCAUGUGAAUGUGCAAAAGAUGACAAUGAUUAGUGCUGGAGAUGCUCAAAGCUUAUUGAAUCAUUUUAAGUCUAAGCAUGCAGAAGAUCCCAUGUUUUUUUACACAGUUCAAGUAGAUCAAGAAAAUCGAAUGACAAAUUUUUUCUGGAGAGAUGGGAGAUCAAGAGUUGAUUAUGAUUGUUUUGGAGAUGCAGUGGUAUUUGACACUACAUACGUACCAACAAAUAUAAUUUAA